AUGAUUGAAGAUUCAACAUUUUUACAAUUUGAGGAAGAGGAGGAGGAAGAAGAAAAAAAUAACAAUAUAGCUUUAGAAAUUCCAACCCAUGAAGUUCGUGUUUUAAUAAUUGAACAAUUAUUUGAUUUAAAAGAUAUUGAUAUAGCAAAUAAUAAAAAUAAUGAUAAUUCAAGUAAUAGUGAAAAUGAUAAUAGUGAUAAUAAUAGUUAUUCAGAUUCAAAUAGUAGUGAUGAUAAUAACGAUUAUGAUAUUGAAUUAUUAACAGAAAAUAUUUACUUAAUGAUAAAGAAAUAUUAUAAUAAUUUUUUUAUUUUUUGUAAUUUUUUUGAAGACAGAUAA